AGCAAUAACGUUUUGAACUGGUGGAACAGCCCAGGCAUGAGUGGCGCACACCUGGACGAAUGGCAAAGGAGGUCCUUUGACAUUUCAUCUGGCAAUUGUACACCUGAACAGACGGCCGAUGCCUACCGGGCCCACAUCCUUUCCAUUCAGUAUGCAUGGGCAAGUUCCCACCUAUCAGAGGCCGCCAUGGGCAGUCUGCUCAGGACCUACUCAAAGCGCUAUGCUGCAUUGCUGGACUCGGAUGACCCCAGCACGGGGCUGAACAACUAUGCAGAGAGCGCGCUUCAUCUGGCCCGUAAUCAGAAGAACCACAGCGACAAAUGGGAGUCGUCCCUCACCAUGGAGCGCAUGCUCGACUUGCCCUGCGUGCAGAAGAUGAUUCAGCAGGGGCAAGGGGGAGAAGGCUCCCUCGUGGCACCAGCAGAUGUUAGCAUAUCUGUUGGACAAGAGUGCAGCAGCAUCAGCAACUCCUUGUCUGCUUCCACUGCUCCGGGCAGGUCAGAGGGCACAUCCUUCAGACCCACUUGGCCAUCACAAGCAAAAGUAGAGGUGAAUAACACAGCCGCUGUUUCUGUGGAUAGACCAAAAACCUCUGAGGGCAUGUCAGAUAAUAUCUAUUCAUCUUCACGUCCAAAUGCCAGAGCGCAGCCGGUGUUGAUCCAUCCCUCUUCAGGUCCUCCUCAGAGCAACACACAUCCCACAGUCAGCAACUAUCAAUCCGGCUUCUUUCCUACCUCCAGUCCAUCAAAGCGGAAGAAUUUUUACAGUCCAGAUGCAAGUGAAGGUAGAAGGGGGCCACAAGCAGGGGCCGACCUAAGACCAACAAGUAACUUCAAAUCAGCCCGUGAACAGCUAAUUGUGGAUCAACAGAAGAAACAUUCCCAGCAGCCCCAAAGAGGAGCAACUUCUGUGGUGGCAGCUACAGUGAAGAAAUCCCUGGGAGCCAAUAGGCCUCGAGGUGCUUUUUCUAAAUUUGUGUCUCCCAUGCCACGACAGGACGAACAGGAGGGUGGGCCGAGAACCAACUCCAAUCGGGGACCUCAGGUUCUGGAUGAACGUCUGAAAAACUUUGAACCAAAGAUAGUGGAAUUGAUCAUGAGUGAGAUCAUGGACCACGGGCCCCCUGUGGUGUGGGAGGACAUAGCAGGCCUGGAGUUUGCUAAGACCACCAUAAAGGAGAUUGUUGUUUGGCCAAUGUUGAGACCUGACAUCUUUACAGGCCUCCGGGGUCCACCUAAGGGAAUCCUGUUGUUUGGACCCCCUGGGACCGGGAAGACGUUGAUAGGCAAAUGCAUCGCUUGCCAGUCGGGUGCCACAUUCUUCAGCAUCAGUGCGUCGUCGCUCACAUCCAAAUGGGUGGGUGAGGGGGAAAAAAUGGUGCGGGCCUUGUUUGCCAUAGCACGUUGUCACCAGCCUGCUGUCAUUUUCAUCGAUGAAAUUGACUCGCUGUUGUCCCAGCGCACUGACGGGGAGCACGACUCAUCGCGCAGAAUCAAGACCGAGUUUCUGGUUCAGCUGGAUGGGGCCGCCACAGCCGCCGAGGACCGCAUCCUGGUGGUGGGGGCCACCAACCGACCUCAGGAGAUAGACGAAGCUGCCCGUCGUCGCCUGGUCAAGAGGCUGUACAUCCCCCUUCCCGAGGGCCCUGCCCGACAGCAGAUAGUCACCAACCUCAUGGCUCGAGAGAAGAAUCAGCUGAGAGCGGAGGAGCUGGAGCGCAUUGUAGCGAACACUGAGGGCUUCUCUGGGGCAGACAUGACCCAGCUGUGUCGAGAGGCGGCCUUGGGACCCAUCCGCAGCAUCCAGCUAGGUGACAUCGCUACCAUCACGGCAGAUCAAGUUCGGCCAAUCCGCUACGGCGACUUCCAAGACGCUCUGAAGACGGUGCGGCCCAGCGUCUCAUCUAAGGACCUUGAGCUGUACGAGGAGUGGAAUAAGACAUUUGGAAGUGGUCGAUGAUGGGCUUAGUUCAAGAAAACACACCUUUCAUCAAAACUUACAAGUGGCUUGGUUUUUUACUUUGCUUCAUGAAUAAUUGUCGUUAUCGGAGACAGUUGAAUAAAUAUUCCUUUUGUGGUUACUAAGCAAACAUGCACAUAUUGCUAUUUAGACUUUGUUGUGAAUUUUGUUUCUGAAAUACUGUCCUUAAUAGGAUAUUCUCAAAUGUUCCAGGUUAUGACUUGUCAUUAAAAGUUGGUGGUGUAGUUUUUUCUCAAAUACAAUAAAAUAAAAUGCUUACA